AUGAAGUCCGCCUUCUCGCUCCUAUCCCUGGCCCUGGCCGCCGGCGACGCGCUCGCUACGCCGACGCCGACGAAGACCAAGCGCGCCACGACGAUCUCAUGCGACUCGUUCGGCUCGCUGCAGACCGGCGCCUACACCAUCUACCACAACAACUGGGGCGCGGCGCAAGCUACCUCGGGGUCCCAGUGCACGUACUUCACUUCGCUCAGCGGCAGCACGGUGGCCUGGUCGACCUCCUGGACUUGGGAAGGCGGCGCCGGCCAGGUCAAAAGUUAUUCGAAUGUCGCGCUGGAGAACGUGGGCAAGCAGCUGUCAGCUGUGUCGUCGAUCCCGUCGACGUGGAAGUGGACGCAAACCGGCAGCAACCUGGUAUCAGACGUGUCAUACGACCUCUGGCUAUCUGCAACGAACGGCGGCAGCAACGCCUACGAGAUCAUGGUCUGGCUCGACGCCUCGGGCGGCGCCGGGCCCAUCUCGUCGACCGGCAGCGCGGUUGCCACCCCCAGCAUCGCGGGGAGCAAGUGGAACCUGUUUUCCGGGUACAACGGCAAUGUAGCAGUCUUCUCGUUCGUGGCGAGCAGCACCAUCAACAACUUCAGCGGCGACAUGAUGGACUUCUUCGACUACCUGGUGGCGAACGAGGGCGUGCCGACUAGCUACUACAUCACCUCUUUGCAGGCUGGCACUGAGCCUUUCUCGGGCGAAAAUGCUGUGCUGACUACGUCUGCGUACAGCAUCUCUGUUUCGUAG